AUGCGACUGCGACUACCUCUGCGACGGCGGGUACGACAGCUGCAAGGGCUACGACUACUGCUACGACUGCGGAUAGGACUACUGGAAAAGGUCAAGGGCUACGACUCCAGCAAGGGCUACGACUGCCUCUACCUCUGCGACGGCGGCUACGACAGCUGCAAGGGCUGCGACUACUACUACGACUGCGGAUUCGACUACUGCAAUGGUUGUGCUUAUGGCUAUGACUACAACAAGGGCUACGACUAUUACUACAACUGUGGAUACGACUACAGCAAAGACUACUGCCAUGACCAUGGCUACAGCUACAGCAAAGGCUACGACUAUCACUACGACCACGAAUACGACUACUGCAAAGCCUGCGAUUAUGGCUUCGACCACAACUAA